UGUUCCACUUCCCUCCCUUCAGGACUACACUUCCCGGCAUCCCUCAGCAUCAGGAGAAGCGCAAGGCAUGCCGGGAUCCCGUUCCUCAGCCCCGUCUUCUCUGUACAGAGUCCCGCACUUCCCGGUGUUCGGUCAGCUCAGGACGGAGCAUGCGUACUACAGGACCGAAAAGAAAGUACCGUCGCCGUGUACCGGCGUUCAUGGUGAAAUGUGAGAAGGAGGAAGAGCCGGUGACAGCCCCGAGUCCGCGGUAUAUGGCGGCGGGGACUGAGUGCCUGGUUAACCUGGCUGACCUGAAUCCCUACAUUCUCUGCUCAAUCUGCAAAGGUUAUUUCGUCGAUGCCACAACCAUAACGGAAUGUCUUCAUACAUUUUGCAAAAGCUGCAUAGUAAAGCAUUUUUACUACAGCAACAGGUGUCCAAAGUGUAAUGUUGUGGUCCAUCAAACGCAGCCUCUGUAUAAUAUCAGAUUGGACAGACAGUUACAAGACAUAGUCUACAAAUUAGUUGUUAAUUUGGAAGAACGUGAAAAAAAACAAAUGUGUGACUUUUACAGCGAAAGAGGCCUUGAAGUUCCAAAGCCAACAGUCCCACAACCAAAUAUCACCAAUCGAGGAAGGCCUAGGAAAUUGGUGGGACCCGUCUUUCGUAUGCCUCCAGAGUUGGAUGUAUCGCUGCUACUGGAGUUUAUUGGGGCUCAGGAGGGCACAGGAAGUUAUAAGCCUCUGGAGAAGAAGUUUGUACGUGUGUCUGGCGAAGCAACCAUUGGACACGUGGAGAAAUUCCUUCGACGAAAAAUGGAGCUCACUGCAAUGUGUCAAGUGGAUAUCAUAUGUGGAGACCAUAUACUGGAACACUAUCAGACACUGAGGGAUAUACUUUCUGCCAUUGGAAAAAAAGCAGUUCAGGAUGGUUUACUUGUUCUUCACUUUGGCCUGGUCCUGUCUCCAUUGUCCUUUACCUGAAGGUAUUCAUGCAAAAUGAUGGAUAUGGACAUCUCUCUCAAGGUUGACUUCAGUCAGUCAUGGUGCAAAGAAGGUGGAUAUUCUGUAAGGAAAGUCUCAGCUACCGGACGUGACUAAGCUCAAUAUGAGCUGGGUAAAUUUGUAUCACUGGCCUGAGCAUACAUCGGGAGUGUGUAGAUGGCCAUUCAGAAGGCUCAUGCCUGAGAGCAUCAAAAAGUUGCGAUUGCUCUUUCUACUGAAUUUUUACAUACAUAUUACCAAAAGCUCAUAAUAUAGAGCAUAUGAAUUUUAUAAUCCAAAAACAAAAGAUUUGCCUUAAUAUUGGACUAUGUUGACCAAAAUCUACCAAAAGCACUGGACAAUGAAAUGUAAAUAUGUAUUUUCCUAUGACCACAUAUUUUUCUUAAAUGUAGCAACCAAUGUCAUGUAAAUAAUAAGUAUGCUUUUGAAAGUUUUUUUUUUUUUUUUUUCCCCUGGAAACAUGGGUUUGUUUAUGGUAAAACGCUGUGGUCAUGCUGCAAUGUAGGAGAGGUUUACACUUCAGCACACUGUGUAACAAUAAAGCCAUUUUCUCAGCAA